UCAGUUCAGUAAUUCAGUUGUCAUAAAUGUCAACUUCAAAAAAUGCCGCUUGAUUGAAGCUUCAAACUUUGUAAACAAAUUGCAAACUGAACUAAACCUGAAACUUAAUUAAUAAGAUAACAGAGGGCUGUGUGAUUUAAUAAUUAAAGAUACCAAAUAAGGAAAUUGAUCCAUAAGUUUCAAAACUGUAUUAGGUAACAAACAAGUUAACAAUCAAUCAGAAUGCCUACUUGGAACCAAAUUCAAUCACAACUUAGAAAUCCAAAUAAUCCAGUAGUAUUUUUUGAUGUCACAGUCGGGACAACUGAAAUUGGUAGAAUGAUUUUUGAGUUGUUUGCCGACGUUGUCCCAAAAACUAGCGAAAACUUUAGAGAAUUCUGUACAGGCGAAUACAGAAGGGAUGGAGUUCCAUUAGGAUACAAAGGAGCUACAUUUCAUAGAGUAAUCAAAGAUUUUAUGAUACAGGGCGGUGACUUUGUUAAUGGUGAUGGCACAGGUGUUAUGAGCAUUUAUGGAGGGAGUACAUUUGCAGAUGAAAAUUUUGCAUUAAAACAUGAUUCACCAGGCCUUCUUUCAAUGGCAAACAGCGGUAAAGACACAAAUGGCUGUCAAUUUUUUAUCACUUGUGCAAAGUGCAACUUUUUAGACAAUAAACAUGUUGUAUUCGGUAGAGUAAUUGAUGGAUUAUUAGUUAUGAGAAAAAUAGAAAACGUACCAACAGGGCCUAACAAUAAACCCAAAAUCCCAGUAACAAUAUCACAAUGUGGUCAAAUGUAAAUAAAUAAUUAAUACUUUUA